UCGGAAGACGAUGGGUUCGGAAAGGGAGCAGGAUGAAGAAAAUUCGAGUUGCUUUAGACGUGGUUUUUUAGGGUUCAAGAGAAACCAAGUCAUAGAUUGCAGCGAGAUGGUAGAUUCAGAUUCGGAGGAUCUGUUUGAGAUUGAUCUGAAGGAGCCUUUGGUUUUGGAUACCAUACGAGAAGACUGCGAGAGCACUGUGUUCUCUCUUGAUAUCCACAACUGUAACAAUGAUGAUGAUGACGACGAUGAUGUUGUUUAUGUGGCAGUAGGCAACAACGAUGAACAUUCCAGUCCAAGCAUGGAAGCUCUUUCGUGGGCCUUGAAACACGCCGUGACACCCUCUGCCACCGUAGUUCGUCUUCUACACGUUUUCCCUCAAGUCAAGCUCAUUCCAAGUCCAUUAGGGAAAAUUCCGAGGAGUCGCGUUAACGAAGAGUAUGCUAACAUGCACUUGGCACAAGAGAGAGCCAAGAGGAAAUUGCUACUUCAAAAGUUCAUUGACCUCUGCGUUCAUUCUAAGGUUAAGGUGGAGAUGAUGCUGAUUGAGGGUGACAAUGUUGCUAAAGCGAUCAUGGAGCAUGUUGGAAAUCUUAAUAUAAGAAAAGUGGUUGUCGGAAUUUCGAGAUCUGAUUUAAGAAAAUGUGUAUUUGGAAGGAAGAGUGGCAUAGCGGGCACGGUACUAAAAUACGCAGAGGAAAGUUGUGAUGUAAAAAUCAUAUGUGAAGGGAGAGAAGUGAUAGACCAGAUGAGUGAGUGCUUCUCCACAGACAACGGAAGUUCAACAGCUUCGCAGGAAAUAAAUGAAUUCGGGGGAUUUCUCCCAUUGAAGCAUUUUAUGUCCAGUUGGGUAUGCUUAUUUAGGUCCAUCAUCACCAGAGAUUAGGUAGAUCAAGUGUUAUUAAGAAUAUAUAAUCAUAUAUACAAAAGUUUUUGCUC